AUGGAACGUGAGAUCAUGGUAAAGGAUGGUGAAAUUCUUAAGGUGGACGAUUCUUUUAAAAUUAUUAAAAAGAUAGCCAAAGUUGGUGGUAAGCCUGUAUUCCAAACAUUGUACACCGUUUGCAAAGAGUAUGAAGAAGUACGUGCAAUGGUUUUUGUACCGACAAAAGGUCACGCACAUGUCAAACCAUUGUUGUGCGCUCUUAAGAAAUCGUACGAGCUAUAUGGUCACACCAUGCCAAAAAUAGCUUUUACAGACAUUGUCGUAGGCAAUCAGAAGCUCUUUGAAGACAUUUCCCCUUCCUUGAUAAUUGAUGUAAAACAUGUUGAUGAUGUAAUGGUCGAAGUAACUGAUCAAGAACACGAACUACCCGUGUAUGAAAUUCCUUCGGACGUCACAGUUGAAUGUUUAAGUAGCAUUGAUUCCAUUGACUUUUUUAUCCAAACAAUUUUAAAUGAUAGUCAUUAUAGAAGAACCAGAGACAAGGAUGUUGUCGCCCGGUCCAAUUUGAGUCUAGCCGACGCUUGCAAGGCUGUUCUCAGUCGAAAAUUGAACAAGGAUGAUCGUAUUAGGUCUGGAAAUUGGGAGGAAGCGCGCCUCAGCGAGGAUCAAAUAAAGUAUGCUGCUGCUGAUGCGUACGUUUUGUUGGAAAUAUAUGACAAGCUAAAACAUUUCUCAACAAUUGGAUUGGCAAUUGGGGGUGAGUCACAAGUUGGGACAUUUGUAAGUGUUUAUGCUGGGUCAUCAAAAACAAUUUUGGCACGUGGAUCCAUUCGCUCGAAAGAUACGGUUCAAUGGAAUAGUAACAGCAUUGAAGGUUCUGCAACUAUUCAGGAAAGACAAAGAAAGGUCAGAAAAAGAAAUAUUGCUGUUAUCGAGAUCACGGAUAUAAUGUUAAGGCUGAAGUCAGCAAAGCCACCUUUUACUGAAGUACCGCUGUCAUCCUCACAAAAUUCUGAAGAUACGCCCAUUAGUAAUUUCAACCAGGCUCAAAUUAUUAUUGAUGAUAUUUCCAUUUCAGUUGAUUUGGAUAUGGUAAUUGAUGAUCAAAGUGAGGAUGAAGAAAUUUACAACUUUAUCGAGCAAAAUAACAAUACUGACGUCGAUACACUUUUGAAUGUCAAUAUCCAUCACGAAGAAAGCAACGAUGACAAUAUGUCGAACAUGUUUCCGACUCGUGUUUUAAAAGACAUAUUCAAUUUAAUGGAUAUGAUAAAAGUAUCAAAGAGACGUGAGGACAAGAGAGCUGUAGAAGAGUAUCUUGAAUCUGUAGACGUUACUUGGGACAAGGCAAUGUUAAUCAAGUCGAACUGGGUGCUCAAGCGAGUACGUACAUAUGUACGAAGUCCGGAUGUUCUUUUGCCAGUGGUCGAUAAUCUUUUCAAUGUUGACAGACAUAUUAAGUGCGCUGUUACAGGAUUCCCGCUAUUCGACAGACAGGGUUGGAACGAUACUCCUGGAAUUUUAUUCUACUAUUUGAUCAAGGGAGAUUCGCGCAGAUUUUCUGUGUAUCGUUGUACGAGAGGCACAAAUUCUGUUGAAGGUGGUAUCCACCAAAAUAUUAUUCGAAAGUUUAAUUCUUUUAAUGCCGGCCUAUUUUUGGCCGAUUGUGCUCUCGCUGAUUAUCGUCUGCGCCACAACAUUUCUGUUGGAAGCAGAAAUAGAUUUAAUAUCGAGCAUCGAAGCCAUUACAACCCAUGGCUUGUUCAAGCUCUGAAUACGUUACGUGCUGAUUUUGAUCAAGAAUUUAUUCCGUCAUAUACUAACUCUUACGGUAUCUCUCACCAUCUUGUUGAUUCGAACGAAAAAUUUGGAAUAUGCCCUGUUUCUCAGGAGAUUAUAGAUACUUUCAGUUACCUCUUACCUUUAAGACAAGAUUCAGAAUUAUUGUCAAAAGGAAGAAAAGUUAUCAAUAACGGAAAAGAUUUUAAUUUACAAGUAUUGGCCCAAGGUGUUUUGGAAGUGAGCUCGCUUGUUGCAGUAUUUUCAGAUGCAUUGAGAUCAACCAGGUACAAUGAUUACCACUAUCUGGCUAGUGCACAAGGAAUUAGAUUUGCAUUGACUCCCGUACACACAUAUGAGGAGUAUAAACUGUACAAUAAAGUUGUCAAUAAUCAUUUCUCAGCUCAAAAUCUUAACAAUUAUUUCACCUGGGUAGCAAUAUUUAAAGCAUGGUCUGAAAGAUAUGACAGUAAAUACAGAGAUAACAGUUUGAUUAACCAGGCUCAGUGUGAUAUGAUGCGUAGCAACAUUCGAAAUGAAUCACGUUUGGUAAAUGCUCAAACACCCAGUACUUUCACCCAUUUGGGUUCAAGACAACUGAGCACUAACGUCAUCAGUAAUGAUCUGAAUAUUCCUGUUAUUAUCAGCUCUUUGCGAACUCCCCAAAUUACCAGACCAGCUAGAAUCAUUGCUCCAACCCUUAUGACAUUAAUCGACAGUAGUAGUUCUUUCGCAUUCCAACAGCCUCAUCAUAGUCCUAGAAUGCAAAUUCCUCGAUUGCUAAAUAAUUUUACGCCUGCGAUUACUACCAUCUUAUAAUAUACUACAAUUCAUACCUUUUUGCAACACGGAAUUUAGACCCCGCUGAAAAAUGUAUUUCCGAGGGGGGUCUGGGGGGAGGGGCUUGAC